CACUGCCUUUGCCUCUCUGUGCACAUACAGCUGCAUCCCAGACUGCAGCCGUGCUGCCAUCCAAGAUCUCUACAUCCGAGCUGAACAAAAUCAGUCUGCUGCUUGAGUUGUAGCCGGAUGAGUGUUGGACGGAUGAUAUGAAGCGGCUCACAUGAGAGUCAGCAGGCCUGAGACUGAGAGAGGAGCUGUGGCCGGGGGCAGCCUCUGCUUCCUGGGAGGAGCCUCGGCUCGCCUGUGUGACAAUUGUUGCCGCCAAACUUUCAAAUAUCACAAAGCGCCUUUCCCUUGUCUGCAGCGGCACAGCUAGAACCAGUGUUUAAUUUGGAAAAAGGGACUGAAUUCAUUUGCUGAAAAUGUCUCCAGCACCAAAGAGACCCUGCCCCGAUCUGCUGGACGACUCUAUGGAGAAAAGACUGAAGAGGAUUUCUAUAGAGGGAAAUAUUGCGGCGGGCAAAUCGACGUUUGUGCGCCUUUUGGAGCAGCAGAGCGCCGACUGGGAGGUGGUACCUGAACCAGUCGCCAGGUGGUGCAACGUGCAAACAAAUACCGACGAUUUCGAGGAGCUGACCACGUCUCAGAAGAGCGGAGGGAACGUGUUGCAGAUGAUGUACAAUAAACCCGAGCGCUGGGCCUUUACUUUCCAGAGCUACGCCUGUAUGAGCAGGGUGCGUGCCCAGGCCAAGGCCAACGAGGGGAAGCUGAGAGAGGCUGAGGACCCUGUGCUGUUCUUUGAGCGCUCCGUCUACAGUGACAGGUACAUCUUUGCAGCCAACCUCUAUGAAAGUGAGUGCAUGAAUGAGACAGAAUGGACUGUCUACCAGGACUGGCACGGCUGGCUCCACAGCCAGUUUAGCCGGCACUUCGAGCUGGACGGUAUCAUUUAUCUGCGAGCCACACCUGAGAGAUGCUUAGAGAGAUUGCACCGGAGAGGCAGACAAGAAGAGCAAGACAUUCCUCUGGAGUACCUGGAGAAGCUCCACUUCAAGCAUGAGAGCUGGCUGCAGCACAAGACCAUGAGCACAGACUUUGAGUAUCUCAGCGAGGUGCCCAUCUUGACUCUCGACGUGAACGACGACUUCACAGCGAAUGCAGCCAAGGGCGGCGACAUGAUUGAGAAGGUGAAAGAGUUUCUAAGCACGUUGUAAAGCUCGCCUGAUGACUAUCACAAUCUGGAGAGGGACCCAGAGGAAGUGAGACAGGACGGAGCAUGGCUUUUAAAACGAUGAGACGUCACUGUAAAUGACGCUGCAUAUUUUUAAAGACUGCAAGACUUUUUCGUCUUUUUAAGAUUUUAAAAUGACUGGGCUGUGUCCUGACGAUCAAAGUGUUUUUAAGUGCUGUCCCUUUUAUAUCUGUGUUUAUUUAUCACUACCUCUGUGUGUGUGUGUGUGUGCAUGUGCAAGAUUGUAUGUCAAAGUGUUAAACAAAAGCAAAUAAACGGUGGAGAUACUUGCCAAUUCUUUCA